CUCGGAAAUCGCAGCGGAGAAGGUCAAAUGACUGACACGCGCUUUGUUCGGAGAACAUCUCAGCAGACUCCGUCGUCGACUGCAUAUCUUUGCUGAGAGAACGCAGGUCAUGGGUUCCAGCUCAUGCCCGUACAACUCCGUCAAACUGUGAAGUGGUGUAUCUCAAAAAGUGGUAUUCCAUUUUUUUUUUCUUUCGGAUAUCACCGCUUAUGUUUCUUUUUCCCCUCCCCACGCCUCAUCUGUGCCCCAUGAACGCCCUCUCUCCGCAGCUCACCAUCAGCCAUCAAACGAGAUCCGGGAGGGGCAAAAAAAGGGGAUCUAUCUUUGCGUCCCGAUACCAGUGCUUCGACCGCAGAAUGCCGCGAAAGCCGUCCGCGGACUCGAAGGCGCCGUCACCGCCAGUCUCGUGAACCAGGAUAGGUAGCAUGAAAAAGAAGUAUGUGAAUGGCGGCGAAGUACCGAAUGAUCAGAGGAACAUGCAAGGUGCUCGGGUCUCCCAAAUGAGGUCUCUUCGUUAACCGCCUUUAUCUUGGGUGGGUGGGUUUGCGGCCCCGUCUUCAUCAUUUACAUUAACACCCUUGCAAUCUUGGUCGCCUUGAAUAUGCCGGCCAUUUCCACAUUCGAAGCGUCGUCGGCAAGGGGGGCCAUUGGGUAAUGGAAGCGCAGAUCGCUCUAGUUGUGGGGAGAGGGGCUUGUUUAUCUGAGAGACAAUCGUCCACGUCGGCCGCGGAGAGUGGAAAAGAAGACUGUCCUUAGCUGACAUGUGAACCGACGACUCGAUGGUGAAAAGAAACGAGAGCGAGUCACUUCACCGGCCCAGCGUUGCUCAAUUGGUCGGGGUGAGCACGUUUGUCAUCACGACCCGAUGGUUGAGAAAGGGGGGAGUUGAACUGAGUCGCUGGACUCUUUCACGAUCAGAAAGGACGUCGCCAGUCGAAACCCUGUUAGGUCUUUCGGCGUGUCGUAGCCAGACCGCGUCAAUACGGAUGCCGUGCAGGCUUUCAAGCCCAGCGUGUUGGUGAACCGGAUGACCUUUCAAAGGACACGAUUUGUCGACAUGUGUAUGGCUUAGUAGGGUAGCGAUGUUUGUCUGCUUCGCAGCCCGAGCACACGUCAGAGCAAAAGACGGGACAGUGACAGAGAGAAACUAUAUAGAACAAAGCAACAAAAGACGAAGCUUUGGGGUUGCUCCUAAACGUCAUGGAAAGAAAGCAGCAGUCUUGCAAGUAUUUGCUCAAGACACGAAGGCAAUGCGAAGUGGAGGCUACCAUGCACAAUACGCCUUCAUUAUUCAUGGCUCAAUUGAUGUUGGAAUGGGAGCAGCAAACCCAAUCAGCUCUUAUUCAUCUCGAAUUGCUGAGUCGCAAAGAGAUUGCGUGGUACGAAGGUCCAUUUAAAUCCCCAUUUCAAUAGAAAUCUUCGUGACCAUAAGCCGGAUCCUCAACGUUUCUGGUGCGGAAUGAGAAAUGUCGGAAAAACAUUCGUAGU